AUGGAGAUAUUAUUAAAAUUUUUACCCACCAAUCCAUUGAGACUUGCAGCUUGUAGAAUUUUAUCUUUUCAUGUAGCAAAUUACACUCGUUUAGCGGAAGUUGGGAAAUUGGAGUCACCGAAAACCUCGGGAAAAUAUGACACUGGACAGCUCAUACUACACAAAGUGUUCGGUUACAGAGGAGUGAUUUUAUUUCCAUGGCUAGCCAGAGUUUAUGACAGAGAUGCCACCAGUAAAAAAGAAAACUCUGAAUCUUCAGAUAAUGCUGAUGCCUCCGGGGAUACACUAUCGAACGUAGGCAAAGAAGUAAAAGGCAGAACACAUACAUUUUAUCAAGUUCUCAUUGACACCAGAGAUGCUCCUUAUAUACGUGCACAGACAGAGGCGGUGACGUUUCUGGGCAAUCAGGAGUCCAGUCGCAGUCUGUACGCGAUCCCAGGACUGGAUUACGUGGCCCACGAUGACAUCAUCCCCUAUACUUCAGUGGAACGAGUGCCACUACAGCACGAACUCUUCGACAAGUUUCUAAUGCAUAAUCCAGAUAAAGACCCACCGUUUAUAGCGCAAGAGACUUUACGGGCGUGGCAGAAGAAGAACCACCCGUGGCUUGAGUUGAGCGACGUGCACCGUGAGACGACGGAAGGUGUCAGGGUGACAGUCAUCCCCUUUUACAUGGGCAGCCGCGAAUCACAAAACUCUGCCGUUUACUGGUGGCGGUAUUGCAUCCGUUUGGAGAAUUUGGGUCCGCAAGCAGUUCAAUUGCGCGAGCGACACUGGCGCAUAUUCUCGUUGAGCGGAACCUUGGAGACCGUUCGAGGAAGGGGCGUGGUGGGCCAGGAGCCGGUGCUCGCUAGACAAUCGCCGGCCUUCCAGUACAGUAGCCACGUGAGUCUGCAGGCGCCAAGUGGACAUAUGUGGGGAACGUUCCGCAUGGAACGCGAAGACGGCUACACAUUUGACUGCCGCAUCCCGCCGUUCUCGUUGGAAAGUAAACCGGACGAGGGUGCGCCCGUCGCCCCCGCGCCAGCGUCGUGA